ACAAGCAGAUUAAAAAAAAUAACAAAGUUUUAAAUUUAAUUAAUUUUCUCAUUCCUGUUUUAUUUUAAUGUUAAAAAAUGCAAGCAGAAGUAGUGGAGGAUUUCUUUGGAGUUUAUCUACUCUACUGUAUAAAUCCAAAAUUUAAAGGUAGAACAUACAUAGGCUAUACAAGGGAUCCGAAUCGCAGGAUAAUGCAGCAUAAUAGAGGUACUUGGGCCGGAGGAGCAUACCGAACUAGUAAUAGAGGACCAUGGAAAAUGGUGUUAAUUGUUCAUGGAUUUCCAAAUAACAUAUCAGCAUUAAGAUUUGAAUGGGCAUGGCAGAACCCAACGAAAACUAUAAGACUACAACAUUUAAACCUUAAAAAAAUACCCAGAAAAGAAACAGAAUUUCAAUUCAAGCUUCGCAUAUUAACCGAGAUGCUCAGAGUGGGCCCUUGGUAUCGCCUGCCAUUAAUUAUUAGGUGGCUAGAAAAGGAUUAUUAUGAAGAAUUUCCUACUGAAAGAACACCACCAGAGCACAUGAGGAUAUGCCAUGGUUCGGUUAAGAGUCGAAAUUUACAGAAAUCAGUUCAGGAAUCAAGUAACAGCACUCAUAUUGAAUGUUUGUUAUGUUCUAAUUACAUCACUAAUUCUUCAUCGAAAUUGACUUGCCUAAACACUAAUUGUGAUUUACUGGCACAUAUAACUUGUUUAGCUGACUUAUUUUUACAACCUGGAGAAUAUGUGCCUAUUCAAGGAAACUGUCCAUUUUGCGAUACACCAUUAAAAUGGGGUGACUUAAUUAGAAAAAUGAAAGGAUGUCAUAUCGACGACACUGAAUUAGUUAAUAUUGGAUAUAUUUUAGAAAACAAUGAAAUUAAUGAAAAUAGUGAUGAUGAUGUGAUUUGUACGCAAAAUGAAGUAUUUGUUGAUAAUAAUUCUCACUGGUUGUUGGAAUGUGAUAAUGAUAAUUUAUGAUUAAAUAUAUUUUAUGAUUUUAAAUUGUAUUUUUACU